AUGCCGAAUAAAGGGAACGGCGGCGAAGCGGAGAAGUACGUGUGGACGCAGACGUUGGAUGAUUUGGAGGUGCGCGUGGCGGUGCCGCCGGGGACCAAGUCGAAGGAGAUCGAGUGCGCCUUCGCGAAGAAUAGAUUCUCGUUCAAGCUUAAAACGGCGAGCGGGGAGCCGCGCAUCGAGGGCGAGUUCUACGCCGCCAUCACCCCGGACGAGUGCUACUGGACGCUGGAGGACAACGCCUACGUGUCGUGCUUUUUACAAAAAGCGAAAACCGGCGCCGAGUGGUGGCCGCACGUCCUCGUCGACGACCCGAAAAUCGACACCAAAAAGGUCGAACCCGAGAACAGCCGCCUGGACGAUCUCGACGGCGAAACGCGCUCGACGGUGGAAAAAAUGAUGUACGAUCAAAGGCAAAAGGCGAUGGGCUUGCCCACGGCGGACGAGCAGACGAAGCAAGACGCGCUCAAAAAAUUCAUGGCGGCGCACCCCGAGAUGGACUUUUCGAAUUGCAAAUUCGACGGCGUCUCGGGCGCGUCCCCGUUCGACGCCUCCGCGUAG